AUGAUGAUGGGUUUAUCUGCACCUAUUGGCGCUGGCUUAGGGACCAAGAUCAUGCCUCAAUCAGGGUCCCCUACUCUUGCUGGACAACCCCAGAAUUCCUCUACUACGACCCAUUUUCAGAUCCAGUCAUAUGCUACUGCCACAGGUGAACCACCUCCUAAAACCAUCCCACCUUCCCAUCCCAAGGCCUCAACUGAUGAAAGUGGUUGCACGCACUGUGGCAAUCCCAAACAUACCUGCGACACCUGUUUUAAGCUUAAUGGUGAUCCUGACUGCUAA